UCGGUGGCGCCCGCCAUGGAGGCUAUCCUGGAGCAGGUGGAGCAGCUGCCUGCGCUUCUGACCGUCUCCCGUUCCUCGCUGGUGCGGGAGUGGGACUCCGUGACCUUGGACAGGGCUCUAGAGUGGGCCCGGUAUUUCCAACAUCUCCACAACCGCUUCCGCACACGGCCUGUGCUCCGGGAGGCCCUCGGGCGGCGGCUGCGGCGGGGUCAGCCUAGCACUCUGCUCGGCUUCCCUAUCCUGGGACGCAGCCCGCAGCUGCUGGGCCUGGCGCUGCUGGAGAACCGCGCUCUACCGCCCGCAGCCUGCCGCCGCCUGAUUCACAGCCUACUGCAGCCCGCCGACGAGGAGGUCGGCCCCAAGCCCUGCAGCCUGCCGCUUCUUGCCCGCCGUAAGGCCGCUUCCCGCCUGCUGGCGCUGCUGCCCCACGGUCCGCCGCGGGCCUUGGAGGAGUUGGAGCCGCAGGUGCAGGCCGAGGCACAGCUGCUGUUGAGCCGGCUGCGGGAGGAGAGGCAGGAGGCCGAGCAGGCUGGGGAGGCCGCGGGGCGGCUUUGCUGGCUGUCUGGUGUCCUGGACCAGCUGCCCGGGCCCCGAGCUUUCAAGGUGGUGGCGGCAGCGCUGCUGCUGUUGAGGCAGGGGAGAGACACUGAACGGGCCGGAAGCGAGUGUCGAGAUGGGGACAGGAUGGAUGGAAAUCAGGAGAGUGCAACAGGAGACGAAUACGUUGCUGGGCAGCUGCUUUCCUGGCUGCUGGGGAACCCGGAGCGAUUUUCGGCUUUCUGCCUUUUCCUUCCAGGCUCCCUUCUUGCCCCCCUAGCUGGUCAUUAUUCCCAGUUAAGCAGACCCUAUCUGGACCUCUUAACCGGCUGGGGAAGCCACUUGCUUUAUGACCCCUUGCAGGGGAAGUGGGUUAAAAGUUGCCUUGAGAAAGCUGAGUUGUCCUGGGAGGAGCUGAAGGAGCGCUUCAGCUCUCUCUGUCGGGGAUCUGUGCAACUCAGGGAGCAGACCCAAGCUGCUCUGAAACACCUGAAGGCAAGGGAUGGAGACUUUGAAGUCUGUGGCCUAAGCUUGUGGACUGACUUACUGAUGGAAUUAGAGGAAACUUUGAGGAAAGAAGCAGAACACUAAUGCGUGAAUGCAAAAGCAA